UAGCUUACACACAGCGGGACGAGCUGUUUGAAGAAAACUGUUUCUCUGCAACCACUAUUUUGUCAUUUUUAAACGUUUGAGGAUAUUUGCGUUUCAAUAUUUCAAGGACGGUAACGCCUUUCGAUAUAGGUGCUAAGGUCAGCAUUGAGCAAUACACCUUUUUGAAGUGGACAGCUUUGAUGUGGCACAGUGCUGAGGUCAGUUGAAGAUGACGGAAGAGGUUGUUGUCAUCGCUAAGUUUGACUACGUGGCCCAGCAGGAUCAGGAGCUGGACAUUAAGAAGAACGAGAGACUUUGGCUGCUUGACGACUCCAAGUCAUGGUGGCGAGUUCGGAACUCCACAAACAAGACCGGCUUUGUGCCGUCAAAUUACGUGGAACGGAAGAACAGUGCAAGAAAAGCUUCUAUUGUAAAGAAUUUAAAGGACACUUUAGGAAUUGGGAAAGUGAAGCGGAAAACCAGCAUGAGGGACACGGCUUCAAACGCAGACGCCGACUUUUACUCGGACAACGGCGAGCGCCUCUAUGACCUCAGCCUGCCAGCGCUGGUCAAGUUCAGCUACGCGGCCGAGCGGGAGGACGAGCUUUCACUGGUCAAGGGGACGAAGGUCAUAGUCAUGGAGAAGUGCAGCGAUGGCUGGUGGAGGGGCGGCUACAAUGGGCACGUGGGGUGGUUCCCUUCCAACUACGUGGUGGAGGGUUCAGACGGCUCGUCUGCAGACCCUGUGAGCUCACUGACUGAAAAGCUGGCUGCCGUGGUGCAUAAUGCCAACAGCAGCCGUGUGUUACACGUGGUGCAAGCCCUCUACCCCUUCAGCUCCUCCAACGACGAGGAGCUCAACUUCGAGAAGGGCGAGAUCAUGGAUGUUGUUGAAAAGCCAGAGAAUGACCCAGAGUGGUGGAAGUGCAGGAAAAGCGAUGGCCAAGUGGGGCUGGUGCCAAAGAACUAUGUGAACGUGAUGCCGAAUUCUCAGAACUCUCCAAAUAGCGCCGGCCCCCCCCCACCGGACUGUGAUUACAUAGUGCCGGCCACCAGAGGGAAGUUUGCAGGCAGACCCUGGUACUAUGGGAAAGUAACAAGACAUCAGGCGGAAAUGGCUUUGAAUGAGAGGGGGGGAGAAGGAGAUUUCCUCAUUCGAGACAGCGAGUCCUCGCCAAAUGACUUCUCAAUCUCCUUGAAAGCACAAGGCAAAAAUAAGCAUUUCAAGGUGCAGCUAAAGGAUGGCCUCUAUUGCAUUGGACAGCGCAAGUUCGAUUCUAUGGAAGAGCUGGUGGAACAUUACAAAAAGGCACCAAUUUUUACCAGUGAACAGGGAGAUAAACUGUACCUCAUUAAGGCCUUGUCUUGAUCACCAGAAAAAAAACAAAAAAACAACAACCAAAAAAAAAACUUGAAUACUUUAUUGCGACCAGCUGGUGGUAAAGAACAAAAUGGCUGGACGCUAUGUAACAAAGACGGAUAAUGUUCAGUUCAUGUUUUUAGGUCAUAGGUAUGUAUCUAUAUUGACUACAACAGUUAUUUAGCUUAUACCAAUGUUUUAUGUUAUUAUCUUCCUAUUUUAAAACGCUCCUUUUCCGAUGUGAUUCUCUGGCUCUGAAAAGCCAGUUUAUGAUAGUUCCAUGGUGUCAUUUUAAAGCUAUAGUACAUUUUGAUUAAUUUCCACAGAUGGAAGAUACAAUUUCAAUUUGGUAUUUCAACAAACCUACAUCUGUAAAUGAUCAAUAAUCAAUAAUAAAGAAGUCUUGAGUGUAAUUGUGGCCUGAUCCCUCCUGUGCUUAACCUUGACAAGCCUGCCUUUUCUUGUGGUGUUGUUUUUAGUUUUGCUGACAAUUUGUUUAUUUUAAUUGUAAAGGCAAGAAAUGAUGUGAGAAUUGAAUUCAAUUAGAAGUACAGUACACUAAACCAGUUUGCAGACUGGAACAUGCCAAAAAAGAAAGAACCUUUGUGUUUGCCUCAGUAACAUAAAGAUGGCAUUGCUAAAAUGCGGUGUACAAUUAUGUAGUGUGUGCUUUUAUUUAUAUACAGGCUAUCACUUCACAAUUUAAGGUGCAAGAAAGGAAGGAACCAAAAAGUAUAACUGUACAAACAGACCACCCUAUGACAACAAAUUAAAUUGUUUGUCUUGUAUUGAAAAGUAAAUACAGAUGUACAGAUAUAAAUAUUUAUAUUUGUUUAGUUUAUUAGUCAGCUGUUUUGUGUGAAGGUGUCUUUCUUAGCUGUGCAUACAGAUCUGCAAUGUUGAAAGAGUACUAACGAAGAGCAUUAAACUGCUGUACCAGUGUUUGCUAUAAUCCAGCAUUCGUGGAUACAUGGAAAAGUAAAUCUGAAAACAAUCUGUUUUGAGGUGCAACUGCAACAGCGCUCUAUCACAUCUGCUUCUGCAUGUAGACUGCAGAUGGACUAUUUUACAUGGGACUGCUUCACAAGAGAACAUCUUUUCACAAGGCAGAAAUGGACGACAAUGUUCUGAGUUGCUGGAUGGGUUUAAGAACAGCUUCAUUUAUUGCAACCAUAUGCUGAUCUGUUUAAAUAAGGUUCAAAGAACUGAACAUUUUAGUUGAGCUAAACUGUAUAUUCUGUAAAGUGGGCUUGUCUCCCCAGUUUGAAUUGGCAGCAUGCAUCACAGCAAUUGUAGCAAGUGUCCCUUUUGAGAAGGUUGAUUAGAGAUGUUAAGCUUGUGUAAUAGUAGUAGCAGUACUACUGGUAGUAUUUAUCCUUUUAUUGCAUAUAUACUUUAUAAUAUUAUAAUCUAAUUCUUCUAAUCUAAGUUGUCUUUAACUUUCUAGAUAUAUGCAACCACUCCUCCCCUCCUGCAGUUUCGCUGGAAUCAAUUUUACCCAAGGUGACAUGGUUAGCUGAGAUAGUAUCAUAGCCAAGAUGGCUAUCUUGGGUAGUAGCAUGAUACAUAGGAGAUUUAUAAAAGCUGGACUUUUUGUUUUUAAAAUAUGUUUUGGGUGAUAGGAAAUAAAUCCAAACAACAAUAUAGAAACUAGUAGCAUAUUCUACAGCAAGGAGACAAAACAAGCUGUUCUUUAAGACUGUACACCAAAGCAUAUUAUUUAUUUCUUCUUAGCAUUUAAUUCACUUAUGUUUUGGUAUCACAUACAUAGCCCCCAUGUUUACAUAUUGAUAUCUGUUAACUUGACAAGCCUUUCUGGGUUCAUGUCAAAAAAGCUAUACUGAUUGUCAGUUAUGAGGAAGGAUUUGUAUGCAGUCAAAGGAGAUUAAUGUGCCAGUCCUCAAGGUCUUAUAUAAUAUUUGUAUCAUAUGCACAUUAACUGUCUUAGCUGGAAAACCUUCAUUAUAUAAAUAUUGAAUCAGACAGAUUUUGUUUUUUAAUGGGGGGUGAAUAAAUUUGAAAGGUUGUGUACAUUUUGUUUGUCAGGAAGUUGCCAAUAAGUUGGACUUCUUGACAUGGGGACCCAGGGUUUAUGCCCUGGCAUAUUAUGUAUGGGUAUGUGAAGAUAGAUGAGAAUGGAAACUCUAAACAAGAAAUGGUACAGUCCCUGGAACUGAGUGAGAGAGUUGUAUUGCAACUAGGAUUCCUUUAAAUGUCUUAACAGUAGCUGCUGGAGUUUGUCACCUCUAAAAUGAAAAAAAAUAAAAUAAUAAUAAAUAAAUUUAAAUGAUGAAUUGAAAGGGGCUUAUAUUUGCUUGUAUGUCUUUUUCUCUUUCUGGAUUAUACUAAAAUUGAACCAAAAAGAGUUGGUGUCUGCUCUCAGUGGCCAGAUAAUGUGAGAAUGCCCAGGCUGUUUUAAACAUGUGCCUUAGGUGUGAGAAACCAAAGUUUGCAGGGGUGCCUUAUACCAUCUACAUGUUCCUUAUUUGUUUUGCAGCCUCUUUUAAUAUCUUAAUACAUAUGUUUUGAAUGAUUUGAUUUUUCUGUUUAAAUCAGUAUUUGCCUUGCUUGCUGUUCCAGCAAAAAAAAAAAAAAUAAAAUAAAAAAAUUAAAAAAAACCUGAAAAGACUCCUCGAGGGUUAUUAUCGAGGUGCAGAAGCAUAUCGAUCCUGCACAGGUUUCAGUGCACAAUGCUUUUCAUUUUCAAUCUUCACAAGCUAUUGCAGAUAAUUAUCAAAGAAGAAACCAUAGAGAAUCCCAGAGCACACUCUUAAUAGAAUAUUAAGAAAUGAGAUGGGAGUAUGUAGGUUUUAUAAAUCCAUGGUGCUGGCAGCAUUUGCAAUGUUUCUGCUGAACUCCUUAUUUGAGAGCAUGUGUCUUCUAUUGUGUGUGUGGCUGUGUAUGCUUUGCUGGGGCUUUUUAAAUUCUUUUGUUUUGUUACUGCUAUUUUAUUGUGUGUCUUGGUGCAUUUAAAUAGUUAAGUGCAUGUGUUUUUAAUACCUGUUGCAGUAUCACUAUUGUGACUGAUAUUCCUUGUUUUAAAGGUUGUUACUUUUAUUUUAUCUUAGUCUAGGGGACAUUGAUGUUUGAUUUACCUUUUAAAGGUUAGCUGUUGUGAUAGAAUCAAGUGACACUUCGUUUAGAUUUAUUUUCUGCUGUGUAUUUCCUUAGACAAUUCUGUUAUUUACUGUCUCAGCCGUGAUUGUUGUAUAAACAAGGGAUUGCUAAUAAUGUUUAUAUAAUGUUUAAUAAUGUUUAUCUUAAUAAUAAUGUCCCUGAUGUAGAGGGUGAUUUUAUUACAGACAUGAUGUGCCACACAUCUCCAAUUAAUCGAGGUCAAGAAUGUGUCACCUCAGAAGCUCAUGUUUACAUCUUAAUGGAUUAACCAGAAGUCAGCCAGCUUCUAUAACGCAGAAAGAGUAAUCUACUGUACACAUUCAACACAACAUAUUCACUUUAGGAGAACAGUCUCUUCUUUUUCAAAUAUCUUUG